CAAAAAAAUGUUCCGUCCAAAAAUGAACUUCGUGUGCAUUUUCUGAAACACACACCGAAACCAAAUUUUGACCGAAACCAAGAAGCCAACUCCAAAAACUUAACUUCUGAUUUGAUUAACGUUAUCCUAAAAUAAUAUGACUUCCAGACCCGAACCCCCAGUUGGGGGCUGUUUUGGCUUCGCCCGAGUCAGAAUAACCCUGCUGUCUAUUAACUUGGUUAUGAUUCUGCUGGCAAUUCCUGUAUUUCUGCUGUCACUAAUGGUUCUGUUGCGUCACGACGAUCAGGUCAAAGAGGGCUAUCUGAUUAAGAAAAACUAUGCGACGUAUGCGAGUGUGUUAUUGGCCAGUUGCUCCAUAGUCAUGAUCAUGGCUGGCAUCAUUGGACAGGCGUCUAUUUGGACAAACUUCACCAAAGGAACUGUUUUAUACAUGUGGGUGUCCUUGAGUUUCAUCGCCAUUCAACUUCUGGUGAUCGGGUGUAUCUUCGUCUGGAAAGACCACUUGUACCAGAUGAUCAAACUGGAUCUGGAUCAGAGUCUGGAGUUUUACAGAGACAUGCCGAUUGUGAGGGAUCAUUGGGAUCAUCUGCAAGAGAGUCUGCAUUGUUGUGGCGAUGAAGGACCUCAUACUUGGCAGAAAGUGUUCUUUGCCGACGAUGUCACGAAAGUCGAGAGCCAGAUCGGUGUUGCUCCAGCUUCAUGCGCGUCGUUAGCAGACAUGAAACCUAUAGUUGUUCACACCUGCCCUGGCAUAUACGACAAAGACUUCAAACCCAUAAACGAAUCUUCACCCGAGCGCAAAACUGACCUCUCAUCGGAUUUGACCCCGACCAACUGUGUCAACUUGACCCUUGACCUCGUUGUGUUCGAAAAGGGGUGCGUGGAAGCGGUCACCGAGUAUUUAGAGGGUCAUAUAAACUUAAUUGCCUACGUGGGAUUGGCUUAUCUUUUGUCUGAAAUGGUGGCUGCAUUUUUGGCAUUCAGAUUGCGCCACCUAGCGGAGAAAGUUGGAAUUAUUGACUAACUAUAAUUAAGAUGAAACUGACAAUGAACAUUAAAAUCAAUUGAUACUCCUUAAUCUAUGAAACUAUUGACGUGAUAUGUUUGUUG